AUCCGCGCGUAGCGCGGACAAGGACCUAGUAUUUACAAUGAUAUCUAUCUUUAUGGCAUCUUCCGACAUAAAAUAAAGGCAAAAAGUUUUGCUGUUUUUGGCACUGAAUGCACUGUACAUUACUCGAUUUGACCCCAUCUCCAUAUUUAUUUAAAAUCUUUGGCCAUUUUCAACGAAAGUAUCUUAUAGAUUUUUUGCAUUAAAAAUAGAAAAAAAAAUAAAUAAAAAGAGAGAUGAAAAAUGGUUUAUUAAAGAAGAAACUCCACUCCAAAUGCUGCCUAUCACCAUGCUGGCUUAUGGCUCCAGAAAGGUUCAACAUCUUUGCUGGCUUUGUGUACUACUUUGUGCAAGUUAAUAUUAACCCUCUAGAUGACAAAAAAAAGAAGAAGAAGAAACUCCACUAAUUCAUUUUUGAAACCCAAAUAACACAUGCAUCUUUAGCAAUGAUCUAAUGUACAAAAAUGAAUAAAAUACAACUGAUUAUUAAAACUUAUUGUUGAGAAACUUAGAUAACCUUUCACUAUUGUGGAUGCUCUUACUAUUCAAAAAGUUUAUAUGUGCUCUCUAGAAUAUAUAUAUUAUGUGUGUGUGUGUGUUUGUUGAUCAAUUCGGAUAUAUAAAAAAAUUAUAUAUAUGUAUAUAAUAUCCAUAACAUUACAUAAUUAUAUAUUUAGAAUUUAGUUACCGUCGGUCACAGUUUAGAACACCAAUAUUUUGGAAAAGAUUCAACCACAAUUCGAAGAUGUAUAUAUCGUAUAUAUCAAUAUUAACAUACACUACUAUACUCUUGAAACAGAUUUAUAAACAACAUAUCAGUUGAUGUAAAAAACAUCGGUUGGCGUUAAUGGUGUCAGAAUCAAUAUACGCCGUAAUUGGAUUAUUUAGCUAAUCACACGAUUGAAUCAUUUAAUAAUGAAAUUAUGUUGCGGAAUUGUCAGAAUCAAUAUAGGCAGUGGUUAAUGAAAAUAAGAUGUUUUAGAUUUUUUACUUGUUUCACAAAAAUAUAUUAUCUAUAUGUUUAAGAUAUUUUUUUAUAUAUUUUUAAGAAACAAAAAAUAAAAAUAUUUGAAUUGAUUAAAUUUCAUUGGUGAAAAAUUAUUGGAAAGUGUAUAAUAAAGUAAAAGAAAAAUUAAAUUAUAAAUAUUUAUUGAAUUCUUAAUAAACGUGAAUACUUUAGAAAAUUUUAUUUUCAGGAACAGAGAGAGUAUGUUAGAUACUCUCUCGGGUCGUUUUGAGUUUGUGCACACAAAUCAAAAUAACAAUUAAUUUUGUAUAUUUUUUAUAUAAAAACACAAUUAUUUAUAAACCUAAUCAUAUUUCAACCAAUAUAAAAAUAAAUUGUUGGAUAGAAUUAAUAAAUUUUGCAUUGAAAUUCGAAAAUGACACUUAUUUUAUAAUGAGAAGAUUUCUCCACAAAGAUACUUAACAUGGACAGAGUAUGUUGUUAGCGAAAUGGGUCUUGUACUCUUGUUUUAAUAAAAAAAAAUUAAUCACUUCCGAUCCAUCCGGUUUAGAAAGUAGAACCACGUCUUGGCAUUAGAACCAUCAACAUCGAAAAGUUAAUUUAUAGUCCCUAAACCCUUAGAUUCACGUCAUUGCGUCUCAAUUCAUGCAGAAAGCGUCACGCCUUGCGUCGGCUAAAAUACACGUAUUCCACAUUUAUAUUUAUCGUCAAUCCCUUUCACGUUAAUUUCUGUAUGAUAAACAGUUGAAAUUUCUGAAUGAAAAGCAGUUGAAAAACUUGUUUCAAUGAACCUUAAUUUGAUUUACAACAGAUCCUUAUAUAUUCUGAUGUUUAAAUUAGUAUAGGUCACAAUGUCAGAUGCCCACCCAAACAUAUGAUACAAUUACAUCCAAAGUCUAGCAAAAAAAACAUACAAUCACAUGCAUUUGUAAGUUUGUAAUGCAUGCAUUUAUAACAAAGCUUUUAGGGUACCCUAGCAUCAUGGUUGUAUUGCCAAGUUUAAUUCGGAUGUAGAUGUUGUGUGAGCCUUCGCAAAAAAGUAUACUAAACACAAAUUCAAAAAGAUUAAAAUAUUAAUUUCUAACUAGUAAUGCUAGCAGUUUAUAGACGUAAUAAAUCUCAAUAUUCUUUAUAUAUAUUGAUAAUGGUUCCAUGAACGAAAAUGUAACAAAUUGAUAAACAAAAUAUGUUAACCCAAAGGAAAAAUGAUUUGCGAAAUGUUUCUGUAAGAUAGUAUAUAAUCUUAACAAGUAUCGUAGGUUUUAACGUAAGCACUCGUUGACACAUACACAUAAAUUCUUGAUCAUAAUGUAACGACCCAGAUUUUUCUGGUGGGCCAGUUUGGCCUUUAUUAAAAAUUAAAGUCUAAUUCUCUCUUUUUACUUCAGUUAAAAAAAAAAAAUUCUCUUUUUUUACUUUGUCCCACAUUGGAUGUUUAGAAAACCUACCUCCCUUCCCUUCUCCUAUAUAAGAAACUCCAUCCUUUCUCUUUAUUCUCAUCAAGUCAAAGUAUUUCUUUGCGUGUGACGAGUUGUUGUUGAAUUAUUCGACGACCAGUCACUAGUGAAUUUUCCGGUGGGAUUUCCGGGUGAGCUUCCGGCGAGAUUUCUGGACGAGCUUCCGGUGAGAUUUCUGGACGAGCUUCCGGCGGGUUUUCUAGUAAGUUUGUUGCCUCCUUAUUUCUAGUUAUGGGAAUAUUUUAGAAAAGUUUCUAAUUUAGGAAAUAAGUUAUAUUAGGAAAGUUUCUAUUUUAGAAAAGUUGCCAUUUUAGGAAAGUUGCUAUUUUAGAAAAGUUUCUAUUUUAGAAGAGGUUUCAUUUUAGGAAAGUUUCCAUUUUAGGAAACUUAUUUCCAAAGAAGCUGAGCUUAAGUCGUUGAUUCUCGUGUUGCAGUUGACCUCAGCUGACCGCAUCUUUCGUUGUUCAUUUCAGCCUGUGGCUAAGAUGCCGCCGCGUAAGAGAGUUGUUCGCACUCAGUCCGCUAGUGCUUCACGAGAGGGUGGAGAUGAGAAUGUGCCGCCACCGGUUCCACCGAUUGAUCAGGAUGCCCUUAGGCAGAUGGUGCAGGAUGCAGCCAGACAGGCUGCACAUGAGGCAGUUCAGCAAGCUGUCCAUGAGGCUGCUAGAGUAGCUGCACAGGAAGUGGUUAGGCAGAUGGCUGCAGCUCAGCAGGUUCCGCCAGUUCAGGUUCAGGGGCAUCAGCAGCCCCCUAUUCAGCCGGUUCCACCAGUUCAGGUUCAGGGGCAGCAGCAGCCCCCUAUUCAGCAGGUUCCUGAGGUUGAUGAGACGCUUAUGCAGGUGAUGAAACAGAUGAAAACUGUGGAUUUGGAGACUUUUGGAGGAACAGUAGACCCUUUUCAGGCUUAUAAUUGGAAGCAUAGAUUAGCUACGUGUCUGCAGACUAUCAAUUGUCCGUUGCGCCUUUGCCUUAAUAUCGCAGAGUUGUAUCUGCGUGGGGAUGCAUUAGUAUGGUGGGAUGGAGUGCAAUCGAUGCGUGAUGGCGAUAUGACUUGUGAGGAUUUCCUCAUUGCGUUCGACAAGAAGUAUUUUUCUAGAGAAGCAUUGCACCAGAAGAAGAAUGCUUUUGAGCAUCUGAGGCAGGGUACUAGGAGUGUCAGAGAGUAUGAGCGGGAGUUUUGCCAACUCCGCUUGUUUGCUGGUAAUAAUUUUGAUGCGGAGGACUUGAUCAGGAGAUUCUUAGAUGGGAUGCGAGUUGAUCUUCGCGGCAGGUGCAGUAUGGUUACUUACACGAGCUUGUUGGAUCUGGUAGAGAAGGCUGCUGUGCAGGAGGCAUGUAUUGCAGAGGAGCAGAAGUACUCUAAGGCCCAACCUAAGACUGAAAGAACUUCAGGGUCACCGAACAUGGCAGGGGAUCAGUCAGGAACACCCAGUUGUGAGCGCUGCCAUCGCUACCAUUUUGGAGAUUGCGUCAUGUGUUUUGCAUGUGGGCGGUUAGGCCAUGUGGCCAAGUAUUGUCGAUUUACAAAAGUGGAUGGUACUGGUACCGGACAGGUUACAGCACCAACGACACUAGCAGCGGCUUCAAAGAAGUGUUAUGGCUGUGGCCAGCCUGGUCACAUUUUCAGGGCCGAGGGGGGGACGUGUAGAGAAUCCAUCACCAGCUAAGCGCCAGGCUAUCGCACCACGAGUAUUUGCUGCAAGAGGCAACGAGAGAGUUGAGCCGGCUGAUGGUAUGUAUCUUUUCACUUUGGUAGUUUACGUUUGUGCAUGUUGUCUUUUGCGGUUAUCAUGUGUUUAAAAAAAAAAAGUUGUGCUUAAGAUCAGUAGCGGCUGAGUAUGAGAGAUUUCACCUUAUUUGAUAUGGGAGGACCACAUAGUUUGGAGUGUCUACAGCGAACAAGCGUCUUUAUAACAAAGUUAAGUCAUGUUGAAGACAUCUUAUUCCUUUUCUCGGCUCAGGAUUUGAAUUCGGGGACGAAUUCCUUCUUAGUGCGGAAGAAUUGUAACGACCCAGAUUUUUCUGGUGGACCAGUUUGGCCUUUAUUAAAAAUUAAAGUCUAAUUCUCUCUUUUUACUUUGUCCCACAUUGGAUGUUUAGAAAACCUACCUCCCUUCCCUUCUCCUAUAUAAGAAACUCCAUCCUUUCUCUUUAUUCUCAUCAAGUCAAAGUAUUUCUUUGCGUGUGACGAGUUGUUGUUGAAUUAUUCGACGACCAGUCACUAGUGAAUUUUCCGGUGGGAUUUCCGGGUGAGCUUCCGGCGAGAUUUCUGGACGAGCUUUCGGUGAGAUUUCUGGACGAGCUUCCGGCGGGUUUUCUAGUAAGUUUGUUGCCUCCUUAUUUCUAGUUAUGGGAAUAUUUUAGGAAAGUUUCUAAUUUAGGAAAUAAGUUAUAUUAGGAAAGUUUCUAUUUUAGGAAAGUUGCCAUUUUAGGAAAGUUGCUAUUUUAGAAAAGUUUCUAUUUUAGGAGAGGUUUCAUUUUAGGAAAGUUUCCAUUUUAGGAAACUUAUUUCCAGAAAAACUGAGCUUAAGUCGUUGAUUCUCGUGUUGCAGUUGACCUCAGCUGACCGCAUCUUUCGAUGUUCAUUUCAGCCUGUGGCUAAGGUGAGGGCUAUCCCAUUAAAUCCCGAGCUAGUUUAGUACUACUAUUAUGGAAAGUUUCGUUUCGAAACAUGAUCCGUCUCUGUGAAUUGAGUCUGUUUGAGAGUCUUGUUUGUUUAUUACUAUUAUUGAUUGUUAAACCGGAAAUAGGAUAAUAGAGGAUUCAACGGCUGAUUGAAUUGAAUGAAUUAAGAACUGUUAUUUAUAUAUGUAUAUACAUAAGUCUGUUAUGAGAUUGCGGGGCACAAAGAUGUUGUGCUAACGACGCAUUGUGUGGAGAUUGCGGGACACAGAGACGUUUGUGUUAGCGGCGCAUUGUAUGGAGAUUGCGGGGCAUAUGGACGUCUAUGCUAGCGGCGCAUUGUAUGAGGGAUUGCGGGGUACAAAGACGUUUGUACUAGCGGCGCAUAGGUGAUUGCGGGGUACAAGGAUGGACUCUUGUACUAGCGGCGCAUAGAGUUAUAUAUUUAUAUCCGUAUAAGGAGAAUGCGGGGUGUGUGAUCUAGUUAUGCACUAUUAUCGCAUUUGAUGUUUUAUGUGGUGUAUUAGACACCGUGUUUGUUUCAUGCUAGAGCUAGGCCUACAUAGUCGUAGUGCUAUGUACUGAGUCAGUGGUUUGUGGUUUAGCAUCCCAUACUUCACGGAGUAACUCCCCUGUUACUCACCCCUCUUUCUUCCCCCUUUCAGGUGAGACCGACGGGCAGGAGUGAUUACUAUCGGAUUGGUGCUUUGGGAGUUUUAUCUCUUUAAUUUUUCAGACUUUCGGUUUUUAUGAUUUUAUCGAUAUUUUCAGGUUUUAUUAUAUUAUCUGGAUUUACGACUUUGGAGUUGACUUUAGAGAAUUAAUAAAUGGAGAUUUCGGACUUUAUAUUUAUUUAUUUUAUUUUGGAUAAUACGGGUGUUACACAUAACAUGGUGAGCUAUGCCAUGUGAGUAAGAAAUGAAUUGCAAAUCGACGAACAACGUAGAUAGCAGUCAUUUUAAGCUUUUUUUUUUUUUUGCCAUCUUUUAUUAAAGUGCUGGGCCGAAGCCCAAACACAGAAAAACACUAAAAGCCCACAAGAUGGACAGAACAAAACAGAAACAAAUGGGCCUAAAGCCCAAUCGACCCACAAACAUAAAUGCGCGUCAACCAAACAUACGUGACCGUUCACGCGUUGAGAUUCACCGUCAACGCGACACACGCGUCCGGACACCUCAUGAAACAUGAACGCCACGUGCUGAAGAAAGCCCAAACGCAGGGACACGCGUCACCCAUCCACCACUUCUUUCCUCGCUGCCUGAACGGCACCGCUUCAAUUCAUCGCCGGAGACACGGCCAGAGAUCUCGUAUCGCCGGAAAACACACCAGACGACUACAAGCCUUCAACGCCAAAGAUCACCACCAGCAAAGAAGCUGUUUUCUUUUAUAAAGUACUACAUUAAUAAUUAAAUGAGCCCAUUUUGCGUAUGAAUGAUUGUUCGUUUUGACUGUUGACUGUAGCGUGGUCCGAUGGAAAUAAAUUUUCAUAGCGGUCCACACACAGCGCUCAAUUAUGUCAAAACGUGGAAGUGAGUACUAUAAAAAAAUUUGGGUAGAGUCUAAUUAGUCUGAUUCUAUCAAAAUAUAUAGUGGUAAUUUUUGUUUGUUACUGUUUUUUUCGUAAAGAAAGGUCUCGUUUGUUACUAUUGUAAGCUUUGGAUUGGUCGACUGAUGUGAAGUUUCAAAACCAUAGAUCUAAAAUAUUAAAAGAUAGCAGGUGAUCUUUUUUUUUUCUUUUUUUUUUGUCAACAGCAGGUUACUAUCCAUGACACGUUUUUAAUUACACAGGGUGAAGAUAGGCUGCUCAUCUCACAACAAAAAAAGAGAUGACGAUGAAUCCACUGAAUACUGAACAAUUACAUGUCAAUUUGUCUAAAAAGGAGAUUAAAAAAAAAUUCCAAGAAGAAAAAAAGAUAAAAGUAAGAAAAAUUAACUAAAUAAGAGAAUUUUUUUUUUGAUAACCGAGUGUCCUGGCCCCACCGUGGUGGUCUAGACUAGAGACCGAACUCUUUAACGGUGCGGAUGCACACCCGAAAGUGGGUCAUGGCCAGGCAACGGUCUUCGGUUUCGGACGCCAGAACAAGUACGCAUGUAAAUUUCCUGGUAGCCAGUACGAGUCGAAUCCAGGGCUGUAUUUACAGCUGGAAGCCGUUUAGCACCAGACUAAAUAAAAGAAUAUGUUGUUAAAGAGAUUUAUCCACUACUUUGAACAAAACAUAAGAGAUAAAUCAUUAUGAACUCUUCGGCUUUUAUUUUUAGAAUUUUUAUUCGUUUUCCAAUUAAUUUGUUUUCGGACAGACUAAUUUUUCUCCUCUUUCAGUUAAUAUUUUAUUAACAAAAUCUCGUAAACCUAAUCUAAGUUCAACAAUAUAGUUCACAGGUUUAUCUGCAGAGUUGAGUUGUUGAUGGUACAUAGAUGUUAUAUGAUCGUAUGGAUUGAAAUGGGUCAAUGGCGAUACCUAAUUUACGCGAGCCAGCUCCUUGUACCACAUUAAACAUAAACAAGUAAUCAAUACCACAUUUUUAUGCAUUUAAUUAAUAAUUUGACUAAAUGCAGACUCUAAUAUAGUGAUGAUCUACUUAUUUUUAACCAUUGAACGUUAACCUAAUCAUUCACAUCACGAGUCCAUCAAAAACUUGCUAUUAUGAGAGAUUCAGCGAAGCAACCAUUUGAAAUUCAAUCAUUUAAUGUGGCAAAACUUUCCAUCAAUGGAAUUAUGGAAAGUUGGUGAUCUGUCUUUGCCAGUCUAGCAAAGAAUCCGAUACGUGUAAGCAUCUUCUGAUUUUGGGAAGCACGUGUGAGAGUUGGAAGGUCGUGUAUUAGACUAUUUAUUAUUAUCCAUUAGUCAUCAAAGUGAUAACUUGUCAGAAAACUUAACAAAUCCACUAAUUUAUUCUUAUUUUUUAAUUCAUUUAAACUUCAGUUGUUUAUUCUUAUAUUUGUCAUCCUUCAUCAUCGAACUUUGUAUUAUCGUUUAUAAUAAAAUACUGACGAUAUUUAUAUAGACGUGCGAAAGAAUAUUUUAAACUAGCAAACCAACAUUAGUCUGACUAUACUUAGACUCUAAAUGGUACUGCAGUUUGAGCAGUACGGAAUAAACGGUUUAACUGCAAUGCAGUCUUUUUUUUUUUUUUAACGUCAAAAGGCUAUUCUAUUACUCAAACUUGAGGUGGCCUGGAUAACCAGACCGGAAUAGAACAACCAACAAAGUGUAACUCUCUACGGAAAGAUCUAGCAGUCUUAGCUAAAAAAUCUGCAGUCUGAUUAUGCGUUCGUGGAACGUAAGUAAUGUUGAAGUCCGGGAAGCAGAUUUGUAGCGUCUCCAUUCUCUCCAAUUCCGUCGCAAAGCUUGGCCACGCUUGGGGAUCCUUAACCAUAGCAAUCAGUUCCUUACAGUCUGUCCCAAAUCUCUGGCAGGUUUUAAUAGUUAUAAAAACGUAUAAAUAUAUGGUAUAUAUAGACUCCAAAUUGUGACUGCAGUUUGAGCGGUGCGGGACAAGCGGUUCAACUGCGGUUCGGUUCUAACAGUUAUAAAAAUGUAUAGAUAUAUAAUAUAUGUAAAGAUUUUUGUUACUGUUAAUUGCGGGGCGGAACGGAACAAUGGUCAUCAUUCGAAGCCACAAAGAUUUUUGUUAUUGUUAACUGCAAUGCGGGACGGGAAGGUUCAUAACAUUCGAAACCUCAUAUAAGUUCCCCAUUUGAACCGCUAGAGGAUAUCUAGUAAAAAAUAUAAUAGGAAACUUCUACAUAUUAUAGUUAUUUUCAAGUACCUAGACCUUGAGAGCUUUACCGUUUAUAUUAUAGUCACGUGACAAAAAUAAAAAUAUCACCAAAUUAUUUGUUGUGUGAGAGUCUGCGAAUACAAUUGCAAAAGACUACUCAUUUCGUUCCUAAAUAUAAAAUGUUUAGAAGUAUUUUUAUAUUUCAAUAUGUAAGAUAUUCUUAUAUUUUUAGGUAACUUUAACUUUAUCAAAAACUAUGUAACCAAUCAAAUUUAAUAAUUAUAUUUUGUAAUUGGUUUAGUUGUUUUAAUUUAUAAUUUUAAUAAUACGGUUUAGAUAAAAAUAGAUUUUUUAAUAACUGUGUUUUACUUAAAUCGUCUUAUAUUUAGAAACGAAAGAGAGUAUGUUUAUAUUAAUAGUAUCAUCUUCUAGUCAGUAGACUUUUUUCUUCAUGGGAAACCAGUAAAUCACUUCGCUUCUUAACACCAUAUAUUAUGAUAUACAAGCUCCACUAGUGUGUUAAUGGUUUAUACAGUCACACGAAACUUACUCCGUGUGAAAAUGCAUGGGUAUUAUUAACAGAAAAAGGAACAGUCAGUCAUGGACUUAAAUGGUAUACAAUAUGUUAAUAACUUGUUAUUAUGUAACAUUAUUCAUUUACCAUAAUGCGACCUCUCACGAGACUCAACUUUCGGCUACAAUUGGACAAAAGGAAAGGCUUGCUACUUUUUGCCGACCUUUUAUUAUAAAUAAAAAAGUUCUAAUUCGUCAACAACAAAGGAUAAGUUUUCUAGAAGCAUCGGAGGAUAGCAAAGUAGAUUGAUUCAUCAUUCAUAUCAUCAUACGAC